AUGUAUCGAUUUGCAAUAGCACCUUGUGGAUUUUCACCACCAAAAUUACAAAGAAAUCGAAAAAAUACAUUUCAAUCGACAGUUAUUAAGCAACGGCAAUUAGGACGACAUCCACGGAUACCAUUUACUAGUACACAAAUAUGUAUUUUGGAAAAACAAUUUAAAGAAACACCAUAUUUAAGUAGUGAACAAGUGUUACAUUUAUCGGAACUAUUACAAUUAGCGGAUAUACGUAUUAAAAUAUGGUUUCAAAAUCGAAGAGCUCGUGAAAGACGUGAAAAGAAUCAAACUGAAGAAAGUACAAAUUUUUCAUCAUCAACAACAAAUAUUAGCAAUAACGAAUUAGAUAAUUGUUUAGAAGGAAUGGUUUUAGACUAUGUUCGAAUAAAGCUUUAA